AGGCGAUUUGGGAAAAUAAAGUUCCGUUGACUUGCCGGAGUGAUAUUGUGUGUAGCACCUGCUGUCCACGUAAUCCUACGGACAGACAGUCACACAUAUAGCCAGUCGGCUUACAGACACACCACGUAUCAGUGAUGAUGGCGAGCUAACUUCAACCGAUAUUAAAUCAAGUUGUUUUAUAUUUGCGAAGUAGUAUAUGCGUUUACCCCGGAAGCUAACAGGAACAUAUUUUGAUGUCAUCUUGAAGUGGUGACAUUCGCUUAGUUGGAGGGAGAGAUCGAACACAUGGCAAGAUGGAAGACGGGAGGAAAAGUUUGACUUUCCAAAUGCAAAUAGGUCUUACUCGAGACCAAAUAAAUGUUGAUGGGGAACUGACUUUAGCGAGCUUGAAAGACAUCGCCUGUUCGUUUGUGGAUAGAAAGCUUUUUUCCUUCCCUGAUAAUUUUCCUGAGCAUGGGUUUUAUGGCCUGGUGGACAAAAUACUUCUAUUCCGCCAUGAUGUCAGUAGUGCCAAUGUCCUCCAGAUGAUCAACUCACCGGCCGACGUUAAGGAAGGAUGCUUGGUAGAGGUCGUCUUGUCUGCCCAGACCACUAUGGAGGACCUACAGAUCAGGCCUCACCUGCUGUUUGUACACUCUUACAAAUCACCACACUUCUGUGAUUUCUGUGGGGAGAUGCUCUUUGGACUCGUCAAACAGGGCCUAAAGUGUGAAGGGUGUGGCUUGAACUUCCAUAAACGUUGUGCCUUCAAGAUUCCCAACAAUUGCUCAUAUGACCGUCAACGGCGGCCAUCGACCAGUAGUCUGUCAUACUCCAUGAGGGAGAAGGUGGACAUGAACACUAUGCCAGACACAGGAAGUCAGACUCUAGCAGUACCAAAUCAACAGUCUCUCCCGCUGGUGGGGGAACCACGCAGCAGUCGCUCCAAGUCAUUAGGGGGGCGACCAAUCUGGAUGGAGCGAGAAUUGUAUGGGCGCAUCAAACUCAAAGUGCCUCACACAUUCAAUGUCCACAACUACACACGCCCCACUAUCUGCCAGUGGUGCCGUCGGCUACUCAAGGGUCUCUUCAGGCAGGGCCUGCAGUGUAAAGAUUGCAGGUUUAACUGCCACAAGAAGUGUGCACAGUAUGUGCCUAAGGACUGUACAGGAGAGAUGCUACAGUAUGAAGGGGCCCCUGAGCCAAGCGAGAUGGGGGACACAAACAGCACUAUUGAUACAGAUAACACAGAUGCCCUAUCAUUUUCAUAUGAGGAGGGAUCUCCGCCAGAGGAGGAAGAGGAAUCAGACCCAAAACCUCCCCUCAGCCCAACUGGUAGUAACAUUCCACUGCAGAGGAUCGUGCAAUCAAUUAAACACACAAAGAGGACUGGGUCCAAGAUCAUCAAGGAUGGCUGGAUGGUCCACUACACAGACAGAAACCCACAGAGGAAAAGACAUUAUUGGAAGUUGGACUCCAAGUCAAUAACACUGUACCAAUCAGAAAAUACCAGUAAAUACUACAAGGAAAUAGCACUAGCAGACAUAUUAUGCAUAGAGCAGACUAAGGUGAAACAGCUUGUGGACAUGUCCAAGGCUCCUAAUGUGUUUGAGAUCCGACUCCAGUCCGCAACCUAUUUUGUUGGGGAGGAUCCAACCUUCAACGGUCGGGAGGGUAACAUUGUCGUGUCCUCCGAGAGUGGCAGUGGACUAGAGCAGGCCCGGUACUGGGAACACGCCAUUCGUCAGGCCCUAAUGCCUGUCACUCCAACAACUAGCGUGGUGGGGGAGAAACCAGGACAGCAUGGCUCAGGCACUGAUGAACAACAGUAUUUUGUUAUUCAGGACAUCAGUCAGUUGUACCAGAUAUACCCUGACGAUGUGCUAGGUUCAGGACAAUUUGGUAUCGUAUAUGGAGGGAAGCACAGGAAGACCAAUAGGGAAGUGGCUAUCAAAGUCAUAGAUAAAUUACGAUUCCCGACAAAACAGGAAGCUCAACUCAAAAACGAAGUGUCAAUUUUACAGAACCUACAUCAUCCAGGAGUCGUUAACUUGGAGAAAAUGUUUGAGACCCCAGAACGGAUAUUUGUUGUGAUGGAAAAGCAGAAGGGUGAUAUGUUAGAAAUGAUUCUUUCUAGUCCUAAAGGUCGACUCAGUGAGAGGGUUACGAAGUACCUUAUAUCGCAGAUCCUGGUUGCCCUUAAACACCUACACUCAAAACAUAUAGUACAUUGUGAUCUGAAGCCUGAGAAUGUUCUGUUGUCAUCAGAGACUGCCUUUCCUCAGGUGAAAUUAUGUGAUUUUGGUUUUGCACGUAUCAUCGGUGAAAAGUCUUUCCGUAGGUCUGUGGUAGGCACCCCAGCGUACCUUGCUCCAGAAGUGCUCAAAAGUAAAGGCUAUAAUCGAUCUCUAGAUAUGUGGUCAGUAGGAGUGGUCAUCUACGUCAGUAUUAGUGGAACAUUCCCUUUCAAUGAGGAUGAGGAAGUGAGUGAUCAGAUACAGAACGCCUCGUUCAUGUACCCCCCUAACCCCUGGAAGGAUAUAUCACAGGAAGCUAAAAGUUUUAUCAAGCAAAUAUUUGUUACAAAUUUGCAAAAGCGGCCUCCUGUUUACCAGAUAAUGACGCAUCCGUGGCUAGUACAGGACUACCAGACUUGGUGUGACCUACGAAAGCUGGAGGAAAUGGUUGGCCAGCGCUACCUCACACAUGAGUCAGACGAUGACCGCUGGGAACAGUAUCGCAAGGAGCGCUCCCUCAAAGUGUGGAAGGACAUUGGAAUGAAAGGUGUGAACGAGACCUAUAACCUGAGUAAAGCUCGCAGUGAGCGUGUCAGUACUGGUGGUGCUUCCUGAUGUGGUGCACUCUCGUCACCUUGAUAUUGUAAUAUUGUACCACUCCUUCCAGCCACCUCGCCCACUGGGCCACGCCCACUCGGUCACUCUCCUUACCACACCCACCUGGCAAGCCUAUGACCACAACAGCCACAGCAUUUACUCCAUCCAGCAACCUUGUCCUGUUUUAUACAGCCAUUUGUAAUGUUGCCAUUUCUUCUUGUAUGGGAUUUUUCUAUCUUAUUGCAUGCAAAUUUCAUUGAAAAACCCUCCGAAGAUAAUGUAUACAAAGAAACAACUUGUUAUUGUUGUACCUACACUAAACAAGGAUACUGGCAAUUUAAAUGCAUGCAGAUAAUCCCAUAUUAGCAAGUGUCAAUCCUUUAAUAUGAAAUUGUAUAACCCCUUCAUAUCUGGAAUAAAUGUCAGUUUUAAAGGAAAUAUUUACAUUAUGUUCUAAAAAAUCAAAAUGAAUUUCUCAGAAGUUGACGACAUAAACAGCUCGGUGUAAACUAUAUGGCAAUGACAAAGAAUUGGGUUUUUUGUUUUUUUGAAAAGAAAAUAAUGUGAUAUAGUUUUUGGGAUAAAAUUAUGAUUUACAGUUUUCAUUUUAUUGUUAUUUGCAUGACAAAUUGUCUUUUAGCAUGCCUUUCAAAUAAGAAUACCUCAAUUAUUUUGUCUCAGACUUCUAAAUGGAUAUUGUGUUGAUAAAAAAAUGUUAUUUUAGCAUGUCUAUGAGAUAAAAGAUUCCCUCAAUUUCUCUUGUCAUGUACAUCAUAUAAUUGUAAUUUUGUAAUUUUAUCAAUUGAAUUGUAUUAAUCUUAAUUGAAAUGGAAACUUUAAGAUGAGUAUCUGACUCCAUGUUAGCUGUGGACAAUGGUAUGAAGGCCAAGGUUGAUCAGGUCUCAUGUUAAUUACUUCACUGGUCCUCAAAGUAGCAAUUCGUGUCCCCAACAAAACCUUCCACUCCCACCUUAAAGCAAAUAGAUGCGCAAACGUCAUCUUUCCAUUUAACACAUUGCAGACCCAUUAAUUAUUGUCCUCAAUUAAGUUUUCAUUUUUCUAAUGUAGAGACAUUACCAAUAUGGUAUGUCUAGAUUUAAUGGGAUACAAAAAUAAUGGAGGAUUUGUUUUGUUGUUAGAUUUAGAAAUAACCUUUCUGUAUUUUUUAACUCUCUCCAGAAGUAGAAUGCUACAGCAGUUGUAGAUUGAAAGGUCUUGAACAUACACACAACUUAUUAUGGCAUUGGGAGGAAAUACAGUUUACCUAGAGCCAUGAGUAAGUCUGUCAGCUUUUGAAUGGAAAUCUCUUAGUCGGGGUGAUCUCCAGCUUUACUAAGUCUUUUGGUGGGAAUCCCCAGGGGAAAUUUCCAUUACAUUACAAUAUCUACUAGAGGAAGUCCCCAUGGGUGAUCCCAACAUUACAUUACAAUAUCUACUAGAGGAAAUCCCCAUGGGUGAUCCCAACAUUACAAUAUCUAUUGGAGGAUAUCCCCAUGGGUGAUCCCAACAUUACAAUAUCUCCUGGAGGAAAUCACCAUGGGUGAUCCCAACAUUACAAUAUCUACUGGAGGAAGUCCCCAUAGGUGAUCCCAACAUUACAAUAUCUAUUGGAGGAGAUAUCCCCAUGGGUGAUCCCAACAUUACAAUAUCUAUGGGAGGAAAUCUCCAUGGGUGAUCCCAACAUUACAAUAUCUCCUGGAGGAAAUCCCCAUGGGUGAUCCCAACAUUACAAUAUCUACUGGAGGAAAUCUUCAUGGAUGAUCCCAACAUUACAAUAUCUAUUGGAGGAAAUCUCCAUGGGUGAUCCCAACAUUACAAUAUCUAUUGGAGGAAAUAUCCCCAUGGGUGAUCCCAACAUUACAAUAUCUACUGGAGGAAGUCCCCAUAGGUGAUCCCAACAUUACAAUAUCUAUUGGAGGAUAUCUCCAUGGGUGAUCCCAACAUUACAAUAUCUAUUGGAGGAAAUAUCCCCAUGGAUGAUCCCAACAUUACAAUAUCUAUUGGAGGAAAUCCCCAUGGAUGAUCCCAACAUUACAAUAUCUAUUGGAGGAUAUCCCCAUGGGUGAUCCCAACAUUACAAUAUCUACUGGAGGAAGUCCCCAUGGGUGAUCCCAACAUUACAAUAUCUAUUGGAGGAUAUCCACAUGGGUGAUCCCAACAUUACAAUAUCUUUUGGAGAGAACCCCUAUGGGUGAUUUCCAUCAUAACAAUUGGGAAAUAUUCAGCAUUACACUUCUAUUGGACGGAAUAACCAGAUUUCAGAUUAUUUAUAAAGUAUGGUGGGAGACACUAAAGGCCUUUCGCACAAAGGGAAGGCGAGGUCGUGGCAUAACACUUUACCAUGUGGCCUACUUGCAAUUCAUAUUUUGUACUGUUUUUACCCUAUGUUGACAUUCAAUGUUUAUAAAGUAUAUUUAUAUGUUUUGUGGUAUAUGCAUAUAAUUUAUUUGUAUGUUAUAUUUUUAGGGGGAGGGGGACAUUCUUUUUAAGUAUAUGUUUGUUAAAUCAAAACUCAUCCCUUUUUAUACAGUUUUACAGUGUCCCUUGUUACUAUGAGUGUCAGCAGACCAACCCUCAAAUGUAUUUGUUCAUCUGUCUGUAAACAAGCAUAUAACAGAUUAAGGGCCAAAUCCUCAAUUGUAACUCUUGAUCAGCCAUGUAAAAGAGUCUAACCUUCAAUCAUCUCUGUCCAUCUUUCUGUUAACAAACCUGCAAUAGAUUAAGAGUCCAAUCUAACCCAGAACUAUUCAUCUGUCAGCAUUGUUGUAAUCAAACGGUUCUGUUAUUCGAUACACAUAUCCUCUCUAUCAAGAUUGAGCCCUUGGUUUUGAAGAUGAUCCGUCGACCAACAACAAAUACAUAAUAGGGUAAGGGUCAACUUACCAUUACACUCGCUAGGUCAGAGAGUAUUCUGUCAGGUGUCAACUCCCACGUCUUACAGAGAUGUUAUUACACUCGCUAGGGCAGAGAGUAUUCUGUCAGGUGUCAACUCACACGUCUUACGGAGAUGUUAUUACACUCGCUAGGUCAGAGAGUAUUCUUUCAGGUGUCAACUCACACGUCUUACAGAGAUGUUAUUACACUCGCUAGGUCAGAGAGUAUUCUGUCAGGUGUCAACUCACACAUCUUACAGAGAUGUUUAGAUAGAAUAGGUUUAAAUACAUGUGUUGACAGAGAUAUGAAAUAAGGAUAGGUUUAGCUUCAUGUCUUACACCUACAUCCUAACCUUAAACUUGGACUUGUACAGUAGUUGAACUUCACCUAGUCAAAUACAUCUGUUUGUUAGAUAAUUGACCUAGGCUAUGAAGUUGUAGGUUCUAAACCCUAUCAGGCUCUUGCAUUUUUCCACUCCUUUAACAUUGAACUGAAAUCACCUGUAAGCUAUAAAAGGGUGGGGAGUCAUUAUCCAGACUGAAAUCACCUGUAAGCUAUAAGAGGGUGGGGAGUCAUGAUCCAAAAGAUUUGUUGCUGUUUACAGAAAACAGAUAUUUUGUUUUUCACUGUAAUGAUACAGAUUAUUGUUUAUCACUGUAAUGAUACAGAUUAUUGUUUGAGAACACAAUUUUACCAAGGUCAUUGGGGAUGACAUAUAGCAAAGGUAUCAGAAAUAAAUCCAGUGUUUUGGUGGAUUUUAAGAAAUAUGCCAGUAAGUAAGAGAAUUCAAUGUAGCCAGUUGAAUUUGUAUACAUUAUAAAUGGUAGUGAAGGCUUGUAUCAGGCUUUCUAAAACAUCGGGGAAAGUGGUCAGUUGUCGAUCUUCCCGUUGUUGUAACAGAGAGUGUAGUACCUGUCCAGGUUUAACCAUAGCUGUUGUGAGGAUGUCAACCUCCAAUAAAACAACGCCGCCAUUAUAUAUAUCUCCCUCCAAAAGUCUGACUCUCUCUUAAUUGUGUAUUUCAGUAUCAUGUUAUUUUUACCUGAGGGUGAAAAACCUAAUAAAUUUGCCUUUUUAUUGGCAUAUCAGCAGACAAUAUACUAUAAAUCUUAGUUGACUGGUCAGUUAUAUAAAACUCAGGUACGUAGUACAUGAACUAUUUAUGUAGUCGGGUAUCCUGUGCAAACGGCCUAAAUGAUCUGAUUUAACUUCAUGUGAUUUUAGUGUGCAGUAAAAUUAUUAUUAUAAGGUACUGAUUGUUUAAUAGAUCUGAUAAUAUUGAAUAGCAUAAUAAUGGAUAAACUAAUAACUUGUGUAUCACACAUACCAGGAAUAUUUGUCAUCAUUGUUACCCUGUAACUUUUACAUUACACAGUAACUAUGAUAGUAUGAUUGCUAUUUUUGUUUUUUCCGACCUUAUAAUAAAAUCAAUUUACUGAUUUCAUGAUUGAUGGUGAUUCAAUAAUCUUAUGAUUAACCCAAUAAGUGCUAAAGUUUCACAGUUAUAUAUGCAUUCGUGUAUGAGGUCAUAUUCACUCCCGUUUUCACAAGUAGGGGCCGUAAUUACUAAUGAAGUUUCAUUCAAAUCAAUUUGAUGUCAUUCAGAUUGAUUUAAUGUUGGUAUAUGUGAGAUGUCUUAGUGUUUUAUGUGGUAACUUUCUGUGGUAAAUAUAACUAAAUUGAUCAAAGCACACUCACUCUGUAUAAAUACUGGAUUAAAUGGGAUAAUAUAGAGACUAGUACACGCUUUAAAAGCACACUUUUAUGAAAUUAAACAACAGAAAAGGUUCAAGUUUAUGAAAUAGUGCAUGUUAGGUGGUAAUGUUGAUGUAAUACGAGAUUCUGUAUUGUUUCUCUUCAGUAACUCCUGAAUGGUCUAUAAUUUACAGUUUUAUAAACUACUUCAGUAAUAUAAGUUUUAAUAAAGUCUAGAGAGAACAUUGCAAAUGAAACUCUAUUUACUUAAAAAAAUAUAGUCUAGAACAUCUGUAAAAUAUAUAUUUAUAAUGAUGAGAGAGAGGGAGAAAGCAAGUGUGCAUUAACAUUUAUAUUAAAACUUCUUCCAAAGAUGCAAUAUACACACAUUUAAGUUAUUAUUUCAAUGUUGAUAUUAAUUCCUUCCCUAUAGUUUGUAUGAUGUUAUAAAGACGAUGUAUUCACACAUUAUACUGAUGCUACUUCAUCAGUUAAUCAUUGAGGAACUCAUUUUGUGAUAUUAGUAUCAGCACUGACGUUAUCCUUAAUAGAAGAUUGCCCUCCAAUCAGAAACAUGUGCUCCAGUAUUUAGAUGAUGACAGGGCUAAUCUCCGCUCUGAUAUUGCCUAAUAAAAACAAUGGAGGCCAGAUACACACAUGUGAAAUGUUGUGUUCUCAUCAUUGUUAAGUUAUAACUAACCCCUAGUAUUCAUCAGACUUGUUUUGAUCAUGUAUCAUCAUAUGCAACACUGUGAAACAGUUAGUAGCCAAUAGCUGCCUUAUAAUUAGACCAACACUGAUUUAGUUGAGAUCUCUAUUUCGUGCAUGUUGUCCUGUACUGUAUAUAUACAUUAUGCCUCGGUAUCAGUUCAUACAGAAUUACGUCCCCCACCCAGCUGUAGGUCUCCAAAAUACGGGGGAUGGGGCUAUAUUUCUUAAAAGCACAGGAAGUUGGGCUGCAAUCUGCAAAAUACAGUAGAUGGGACUUUAUUUUUAUAAAAUACAGAGGAUGGUGCUUAUUUUUCACUAUAUACAGGGACCAGGUUUGUACUUCAGCAAAAUACAGUGGAUGGUGCUGUAGGUCUGCAAAAUGCAGGGGAUGGGGAUACGGGUCUGAAGGGAUGGGGAUACGGGUCUGAAGGGAUGGGGAUACGGGUCUGAAGGGAUGGGGAUUUGGGUCUGAAGGGAUGGGGAUACGGGUCUGAAGGGACCUAUCUUUCUGUUAACUAUGGGGUUUGGCUAUGGGUCUUCACACUGCAUUGGAUUAUGGAUUUAGCAUCUUUAGAGAGGAGACAUGUAGUCUGAAAUGCACUAGGGACAGGGUAUGGGGAUAAACUCCAGAGAAUGAGUCCCCUAACUCAUUGACCCCAACUCACAUGGUUAAUAACGUUGAUCUGUAGAGGGGUUGUAUUUCUGUGAACUGAUGCUCUGUAGCAACUGUAAAUUAAUUCAUGUGAAUCAAUUAAUAUUGUAAAGUAUUAUAUUAUCAUUGUGUAUAUACUAAAUAUUAUAAAUGUCAGAGAUGGCUUCACAACAAACAGCCUGUUCAUGUCCAGUUUGUUAUGUUUAAUAUAUAUUUAGAUGGAGCUAUAUGUAUAUAACAGGUCUUUUUAAGCAAUCAUGCAAAUUGCUUUUCUCUUUAUGCAAAGGAAGACAAAAUGUAUAUUGUUCCUACCUCUUGGGAACACUAAAGACACUAUGAUAGGUAACAAUAUAUUAGCACCUGUCAGGUCACACUCCUCUUCAGUAACACCUCGGAAAGGUAAAGCUUCCUUAGUAACCGUCAGUCAAGUGGCACUCUUCCUUAGUAACACCUCGGACAGGCAAA